AUGCGGUGACCUGCCAGCCCUGCGGUGGCCUCCCUCCUGCAGUUGCCCCCUCUGCCCACGCCCCGGGGGGCCCGCCCCUGGCACCACCACCGGCCACCAUGUCGACCUCGUCGCUGCGGCGCCAGAUGAAAAACAUCGUCCACAACUACUCGGAGGCCGAGAUCAAGGUCCGCGAGGCCACGAGCAACGACCCCUGGGGCCCGUCCAGCUCGCUCAUGUCUGAGAUCGCCGACCUCACCUACAACGUCGUCGCCUUCUCGGAGAUCAUGAGCAUGAUCUGGAAGCGGCUCAACGACCAUGGCAAGAACUGGCGGCACGUCUACAAGGUCAGUGCCCGCGGCAGCGGGGGGCUCGGCUGGGACGACCAGGGCGUCAACGUGCGAGAGAGAAGGGCGCAGCGGGUGGCCCUGCUGCGCGACGAGGACCGGCUGCGGGAGGAGCGAGCCCACGCGCUCAAGACCAAGGAGAAGCUGGCGCAGACCGCCACGGCCCGCCCGCCCCUCACACUGUCUCUCCCCCAGCCCCCGUCCUGCGGCCCCGAGGAUGACGUCCAGCUCCAGCUGGCCCUUAGUUUGAGCCGAGAGGAGCACGAUAAGGAGGAGCGGAUCCGCCGUGGGGAUGACCUGAGGCUGCAGAUGGCCAUAGAGGAGAGCAAGCGGGAGACCGGGGGCCAGGAGGAGUCGUCCCUCAUGGAUCUCGCUGAUGUCUUUACGGCCCCGGCUCCUCCGACGGCCUCGGACCCCUGGGGGGGCCCAGCACCCAUGGCCACUGCCAUCCCCACAGCCACCCCUGCCUCGGACCCUUGGCCUGGCCCUCCCCACGCCCCCCACGGGGCGAGCUCAGGUUCCCCGGGUCCCCUCUCACCUGCAGGGCUGUGCUUCCCUGACCUGUCCUCCCGGGUGGGAAUGCGGGAGCUCAGCUCAGGCCCCUCCCCCACUCCUGGGCCCAGAUGGGUUCAGGGCGGCUGGGCUGGAAGAGGAGGUGGGGGCUCCUCUGUCCGCUCUGUCUCAUUGCUGCCCCCCCUUACCCCCCCCAGCCUCCUCUGCAGCAGUGGGCGCAGGGGCCCCGCCCGAGGCCGAGCAGGCGUGGCCGCAGAGCAGCGGGGAGGAGGAGCUGCAGCUGCAGCUGGCCUUGGCCAUGAGCAAGGAGGAGGCAGACCAGGGGCAGGUAGCACCGUGUUCCCGCAGUCUGUCGGGGAACGCCUCUGGUUUGGGUUUGUCUGUGGCCCCUGUGGUCCCUCUUGCAGUGCAGCGGGGCCUCUGGGACUCCCCGUGUGCCUGUCUCAGCACUAG